AUGUUGAGCCAGGUUGACAUCGCUGCCCAGCUGUCGACCGAGAACCCGCAGGCGGCCACCAUGGUGGACCGAAUGCUCCGCUUGCUCGCCACCAACAGUGUCAUCAGCUGCACCAUCCAAAACAUAGCCGAUCGCUGCCCAUCGAGGAAGUACGUACAAAUCCCUAUGAAGGCUGCCUACCAAGGUGUUCAACGAAUGACGGUUCACACCAACAAGAAUCUACUCCGUGUCUACAGUGGCUUCAACGACAUGGAGGUGCUUGUCGAUGUCAACGGCAUUGAUGGCACAUCCCUCCAAAUGAUCACCUCCAAGCACCCGCACAUCAAGGGCAUCAAUUAUAACCUCCCUCAUAUUAUCUCCGGUGCUCAACCCAUGCCAGGUCUGCCAGGAACAUAUUCUUUGACCAUAAACAGCAACCUAGCUAGCAAGAAGUAUUAUCUUAUACGUUCAUGGCAUGGUUUGGUCGCAGGAGUUGAGCACAUCAGCAGAGACAUGUUUGAGGCUAUUCCGAGCAGAGAUCCUCAUGUCUUCUAA